GGCUUAUUGAUUUCGGCUUUCCUGCAUCUGCUGUGUUGGGGCCUGGGGGCCGAGAUGGCGGACACGAACGGAGCCCCUUUGCCGACGGAGGAGGAGGCGAUGGUCGAUCCCGACGAGCACAUCCCAUUCGCCGGCAAUCGCACAGACGAAGGUGUGAAAAGCAAGAACAAGGUGGUGGUUGUGAUGGGAGCGACUGGGGCAGGGAAGUCGCGCCUGGCCAUCGAUCUCGCCUCACACUUAUCCGGCGUGGAGAUCGUCAACGCCGACUCUAUGCAAGUCUAUCGAGGCCUCGACGUCCUCACUAACAAAGUUCCCGUCCCUGAACGCAAUGGAGUUCCGCAUCAUCUGCUAGGUUGUAUUGAUCCGUCUGUUGGUUUCACUUCCAGAGAUUUCCGUGAUCUGGCGAUUCCAAUUAUAGAUGACGUUCUGUUACGUGAGGGCCUCCCGGUUGUCGUUGGGGGUACGAAUUACUACAUCCAGGCUCUUGUGAGCCCAUUCCUUGCGGAUGAUCUAGUGGAAGAUGUGGCAGCAUGCUCACGGGAUGAACCUCGAGAAAACUGUGGAAUUGAUAAAAUUGCUAGCUUUGAGCGGCUGAAGGAGGUUGAUCCAGUUGCUGCGAACAGGAUCCAUCCAAAUGACCACAGAAAAAUAAAACGUUAUUUGGACUUGUAUGAAAGCUCUGGUGUCCGGCCUAGUAAUCUUUUUCAGGGAAAGAAUGCUGAGAAGUGGGGACGUGCUGAUAAUUCUAGAUAUAAUUGUUGUUUUGUAUGGGUGGAUGUUUCUCUACCUAUACUGGAUAGAUAUGUGGAACAAAGAGUUGACUCCAUGCUUGAUUCUGGACUGCUGAAUGAAGUCUGUGGUAUCUACAAUCAAAACACAGAUUAUACCCAAGGCUUAUAUCAGGCUAUUGGUGUCCAUGAAUUUGGGAUGUUUUUUAAAAGCUACUUCUCCAUUAAAGAGUCAACUGAGGUCCCAUGGCCAUAUUUCUCAGAGAUUGGUGAUAUGAAUGGUGACGUGUUGAAAAACUUGUUAGCUGAAGCCAUAGAGAAGUUAAAAUCCAACACAUGCAAACUUGUUCGCCGCCAAAAACGACGGCUUAAUCAAUUGAAGUCAGUUUUUGGAUGGAACUUUCACCAUGUUGAUGCAACAGAAGCUUUUACCUGCAACUCGGGUGAUCUAUGGAAGACGACAGUAGUUGAACCUUGUGCAAAAAUUGUGAGAAAUUUUUUGGAGGAACCGGGUUCUUUGACCAACAAUAAAAAGCUGGGGCAUUUCGAGCAAAAGGGUCCAGUUUUAAGGGACUUGUGGACCCAAUAUAUAUGUGAGGCGUGUGGCAAUCAGGUUUUGCGAGGAGUACAUGAAUGGGAGCAACAUAAGCAAGGUCGUAGGCAUAGAAAAAGAUUGUUUGGCCUGAAGAAGCAAUUCUAUAUCACCCAACAAGUUAGAACGGUGCCUUAGUUUGUAGGGUCAACUGUCUAGUUAUUGUACCUAUUCGUGACAUGAUUAUAUUCAUUUACUUGGUUUUAAUUCUUACUAUCCCAUUUUUAAUUUCAUGGAUGAUGCACCCUGUGGAAGUGAUGUGGGCGCUCUGUCCCCUCAGUCACUGAUGAUACUAAUGAUAUAGGAGGCCUACCAUAUGAACCUUAUAUAUGUAAUCAUUUAUUAUCUGGGGUUUUAAUCUCGAUAAAGUCGAGGUAAAUAUUUA